AUGACUCUCGCUGAAGAAUUUCGCACGCGUAAUUUCAGUAUUUAUGGGCAAUGGACGGGUGUCGUUUGCAUCUUCCUUUGCUUCGCCCUGGGCGUUGCGAACAUUUUCGCGCCUGCUCUGCGUAUUAUUUUUAGCAUAAUAUGUCUGGCCUACUCGCCCAUCAUUCUCUUCAUUGAAGUACCCUUCCUGCUUCGGAUAUGCCCAACAUCGUCCAAAUUCGAUGACUUCAUCCGCCGUUUUGCGAGCAACUACAUGCGCGCACUCAUCUACAUUGUGAUGAGUGCUGUUCAAUGGGUCAGCCUGGUAAGCGGGGCGUCGAGCUUGAUUGCUGCCGCCGUCUUCCUCCUUCUUGCCGGUAUCUUCUACUUGCUUGCUGGUGUCCGAAACCAGGAGUUCAUCGGCAGCAAGACUCUGGGUGGACAGGGUAUUGCGCAAAUGAUUGUGUAG